AGAUCCUUUUUUAUUAUUUUUUUAUUGUUUAGGAUUAUUUUUCAUAUUUUAUGUUAUUAAUGUUUUAUAGUCAUUUUAUUCAACCUCUAAUAUUAAAAAGUACUUCUAAUAAUUUUUCUGCCAAACACUCAACUAUUUUUUUAAGUACUUUUCUAAAAUUCCAGUCCGAAGCGGCUUUUACAAGGUCAAACUAGCCCACUAUAUCAUUUGGGGACACCACUAGUAAAGAAUUUGUAAUUGUGAAUUCUAUGUUUUGGGAAGCUUCACUUUUGAAACAUUGUGUGCUAAUACAUUACAGAAUGGGUGUGCUGCAUUUUUGCAAAAAAUUAUUGGAUGAUUAUGAUCUUGUUUAUUGUGGGAGCUGCAUCCACCUGUAUAUUGGCUUCAGCCUUGUGCCUCUUUUUUUCCUCAUCCUUUUUUCCUAUCGCCUUUGAUUUGACUACUCUGUUUUUUUGUCUUCAUGCUUUCGCCGCGAUAUAUUCCUUUGUUAGUAUACUAGCUUUGUGCUCGGCCGGAUGGCCGGUUUCAUUACAUUUUAUCAUUUCAAAUAAUUGUCCCUUUGAGACACAUGAUCAAAUGAUUUAAAAUAAAUAAAUUUCAUUUUUUACAUCUUUUAGCUUUUUUAGGUUUUUGUGAUAGUUGAUUUGAAGGUUUUGGUCAUCGAAUUUGGUGUCUCUUUUAACUUGAUUUAUAUGAGAUUAUUUGACAUAAUUGAGUUAUGGUUUAAUGGGAAUAUGUUUUUGAAUAAUAUUAAUAAGGGGUAUUUUUAUUUUAGUUGAUUUCCCUUUUUAUCUAACAUGAUAUUUUUCAUUUUGUGAAAGGGAUUUUAGUGAAUAAUUAUUCUUAUUUUCUGGCUUUUAUUAGUCUUCCUUUAUAAUUUUUUUAAUUAAAUAGGCUAGCUUUUUGGGUUAAAAUUGGAUAAAUAAAAUAUUAUGUCAUGCUCUACUACCACAAUUUUAUACAAUUAUUAUUAACGUAUCUAUUUAUCACAAAAUAAUAAAAAAUUCAAUAUCAAAAUUAAAAAUACAAAAAUAAGGCGGCUUAUUAGGAGUUUUAUAGAGGAAGGGGACAUGUUGGGAACGAUUUUUAGGAGAGAGAGAAAGGUUUAAAAUUUAAAGCCUAGUGACGUGGAUGCAUAAAAAUCGUUUAAGGCUUACGUGGAGUGGGUUAAAAUCUCAAACCCUUUUAAUAUAUUUUAAGAUAAGAUUUAAGAUGCAUAUUUUUUCUCCGUGUUUGCCGUCGGUCGUCCUUUUCUAUGCAUUUGAGAUAUGACACAUUCACAGGAGCUAUAUAUAUUGGCCGGGAAAAGUGGCCCAAAAGCCAACUUGCAAUUAUAGCUAGCUAGGCAACGCUUAAUCAAAAUAUUGCGCAAAGCUUAUCCAACACAAAGAAUGGGUUCAGAAUCUUUUUCUCCCAAGCUGCUCUUCUUAGACUUCUCAAAGCCAGAAGUCAUGACACAAGGUAGUCCCGAGUGGGAAACCCUUAGAUCCCAAGUUCGCGAGGCGCUCCAAGAGUAUGGCUGCUUCGAGGCGUCCUAUGACGACAUUCCGUCCCACGCUCGAAGUGCCAUUUUCGGAACAAUGAAAGAGCUUUUCGAGUUGCCUCUGGAGACCAAACUGCGGAAUGUGUCCGAGAAACCGUUUUACGGCUAUAUAGGGCAAGUUCCUGGGCUCCAGUUGUAUGAAAGCUUGGGGAUAGAUGAUGCCGAUGUUUCAGAAAGGGUUGAAACCUUUACCAAAAAGUUGUGGCCUCAAGGAAACCCAAGUUUCUGCAAAACAAUUCAUUCAUACGCAGAGCAGCUUUCGAAACUGGACAAAAUAGUGAGGACGAUGAUUGGUGAAAGCUUUGGACUUGACAAAUACAUGGAUGAACACUUCGACUCCACAAACUACCUAUUGCGGGUCAUGAAAUACAACUGUCCCAACAACCUUGAUAAUAUUGAACUUGGGAUGAAUUCCCACACAGACAAGAAUACCGUGACCAUAUUGCUUCAGAAUCAAGUUGAGGGGCUGGAAGUGCAAACCAAAGAUGGCAGCUGGAUUAAAUUCCAACCUUCUAGUCCAACCUCUUUCAUCGUUAUAAUUGGUGAAGCUCUCAACGCUUGGUUGAACGGCCGACUGCAUUCACCGUAUCAUCGAAUUAUGAUGACUGGAAAUGAGGUCAGAUACUCUUUGGGUUUGUUCUCAGUACCUAAAGUUGGCCAUAUGAUCAAAGCCCCGGAAGAACUGGUUGACGAACAACACCCAUUAUUGUUCAAGCCCUAUGAUCAUGCGGAAUUUCUUUCCUUCUACCACACUGAAGCAGGCCGAAGAGCAACCUCUGCUUUGCAUGCAUACUGUGGAAUCUAAUGUCACUAAGAUCAUAUGAGCGGUGUGUCCCUACGUUUCCUUGUGAUUAGUUAUGAAUAAGAGAGUUAUAAAUCGAAGAUAAUUGGCACUUUGAUGAUUUUUUGUGUUAAUUAUUCAUAAAAGAAUAGGUUUGGGUGUGCUAAUCGUAUGCAAAAAUAAUUAGCCAUGUGGUGAUUUGACCAUUGGCCGAGGGGUUUGUAUUAGAUUGGUGUUUGUAUUAUGUUGUUGGCAUGCAUGUAUAUUUUAAGGUCCAAUUAAAGAGUGUAAUUGUGGAAUGUGGCGUAAAAAUGGGCAUGGAUCGUGAUUUUGAAGUCGGAGUGCAUGGCUUUGAUCCAUAAAUAGUUGAAUGAAGCAAUGGAAAUCCGGACUGAGACCGUUAUCAUAUAUGCAAUGACAAUAUGCAGCAUAUUCUUGGCGGAAUGGGAGAAGGUAUCGGGAGUUAUAUCUCCAUUGGCAAGUACCAAACAUAUGACCUCAUGCCAUUGGCAACACAUUAUGGCGCAUUCGGAAAAUACAUUACUACAUGAGUCAGUUCUUUGGCAUGAUAGGCCUCAUGUUUUUCUAGUUGAACAAUGUUAUUGUUGGAAAAUGUAAUAUCAAUUUCUGAUUAAUGCAAGUCACAUGAUUCACAAUAAAAAAGGAUAUGGACA